AUGCCCCUCGUCGUCCCCGGAAUCACCUCUAACAGCGGCGGCGGCAACAAGGACGAAUGGCUGAACAAGCUCGUCGGGAAGAAGAUCAGUGAGUCUUCGUCGAAUGAGACGUGCUUCGCAAAGAAAGACCUCCCGGAAACCCACCGGAUCGUGAAACCGGGCGAUUUUACGACGAUGGAUCAUCGGCCCGAUAGGUUGAAUAUUCACCUUGAUGAGAAUGAUAAUGUUCGGGAUGUCAACUAUGGCUAG